CUAGCUGCAAGAAAGUGAAUAAAAUGUAUUAAAUCGGUAAUGUGUCAUUAAAAAGCCCGUGCAAAAAGAUUGCUAAAUACAAUUGUGUUUCGCCAACUUCAAUGUUGUAAAAUAUAUCAAUGAUGGUGGUGCAGCUAACCGCACUGAGAGCGUAGCAUGUCAGCAGCGGCAGUUGAAUUAAACACUGGCUGCUGAAAAGUAGCCAACAACAACAAAGUCGUCAACACGCAUCCCAACGCCAAAUCCAGUCCAGUCCAGUCCAGCUGUCCAAACUUUUGAUAGUCCAGUGUACAACACACCACAACAAAAACAGCACAAUGAAUUCGUGUAGCGACAGCAGCAACGACUCAAUGGAGGCAGCUGCAACGGCUGCAACUGCAACUGCUGCUGCUGCUGUUGCUGUUGCUGUUGGUGCACGACACACGGAGCUGCACAUGAACUUCGGUGGCAAGCCAUCGCAGUCGACACAACAAGAACGUUAUGUGUGGGAGAUGCGAACUCGCAGUCCGAAUGUGACGCCAGCUAGCACAGUGUUGAAUUCACCCGAUCUAAAUGCUGAACUACAAUAUGCGCCCAUGCAUCACCAUCAUCAUCACCAUCAGCAGCAGCAGCAGCAACAGCAGCAGUCGCUGCAGCAGCAACAUCACAAUCAUCAUCCAACAUUUGAGCAGCUGUCACCGCCGCCACAUCAAUUGCUGCCCGGUUGUCCAACGUCUGCUUAUUACUAUCAACGACCGCAUCCACAUCAAAUACGCGUGGGACGCAGUCCAGGCAGCAGUCAGUUUGAUCCUGAGGGCUUGGCCAGUCCUGGCUCGCCAACGGAUGUGGGCAAAGCGGAUGGUCAGUGCUUGCGUGAUGGCGAAAUUGUUGUGUUCGACGACAUCGACACGAAUUGGAUGAACAAGCCCUCAGCAUUGCCUGCCAAUGCUUCUGCUGCUGCUGCUGGAGCUGCGGUGUCUCCUGCUUCUACUGCUGCCAGCAAUGCUGCGGAUCGUGGCAACAACGAGGAUGUGCUGAAGGUGACGAAAAUGAUUGGACAACUGCCCAUUGCCGAAUACGAGGGUUCGCCGCGUCGCUUUGGCAAUCAGCAGACGGGCAAAGCAUCGGCUGGGUUUCCCAAACGUGCGCCUGGUUUUCCGCAACGCGUCUCGCCGAGCAGCAACAACAAUGUGAUGAUGAUGGGGAGUAUGGCCGUGGGUAAGGCAUCUGUGGGCAAUCUGAUUGAUCUAAUCGAUCACGAGGGCACAACGCCAAAUGCCACAACAACAACUACAACAACAACAACAGGGGCAAGUGCAACUGGAACAACUGGCUCCUUGUCGAAGACACCGACCUUUGAUUAUCUGUACGAGUUCUCGGAGACGCGCAAAGUGCUCGAGGAGUUCUUCAAGGCGAAUCCCGAUGAGGAUGAGAAACGCUUCACGGACUACACAACCGAAAGUGGCGAUGAUGUGGCCAGUGCGGACAUGCAACCGCGCGUCUGCGAGGUGGAUAAACAUAUCGAGCAGGCUUACAUCGGUCAGCGUCUGGCUAGAAUACCCAAAGACGAGCUCUACAUGGUGCAUCGCUCGCCCAGGAUACAGGCCAGCGAACACACUGGCUAUCAGGAGCACAACGACAUCGAGCUGUACAUCGAUUCGAAUAGUCGCAGCAGCGGCGAUCUGGCUGACACCGAACUGGAGGCGAAUCUCCGACGGCAUUCGCGCAAUUUCACACUGUCGCCGGAGACAACGGAUUACGAUUCGAAUUGCGGCGACUUGGACAGUCUGUCGAAUGAUAUUAAUUGCGCCACAACCGACUAUGGCAAACUGUACACCAGUAUGCCGGUGCUCGAGGAUGGACUGAGCAGUGGCCAUGCCUCCGACACGGAGAACAAUGUUUCUGUUGUAUGUGACAAGCAGCCGGCUCAAGCUCAAGCUCAACAACAACAGCAGCAACAGCAGCUGGAGAUCAACGAGCAUGAGCACAAUGGCAAUGCCAAUGGCAACAACAGCAAUAAUAGCGAUUGCGAGCGUUUGGCUGCGAAUGAUUUCAAUGGUGUCAGCCUAAUUACAGAUGCCACACAGUCGAGUACACUGCCAACGCCACCGCCGUUGCCCGAGUCGCCCACAGCCACGCCCCCGCCAGCACUCGAAGUGUGCGAAGAGCCACAGACAACUGUGAAUGCCGCUGCCGCUGCUGCUGCUGCUGUUGAUAGCGAUUGUCCCGCGGAAACACACUAUGGUCCAGUGUAUGCCGCAGGGGCAGCAGCAGCGGCGGCGGCGGCAGCAGCAGCAGCAGCAGUCGCUGCCAGCAGCAAAGCGACAGCUGUGGCUGGCGCUGGAUCUGGAUCUACAGCAGCAGCUGCGCCAGUUGAGAUACAAGAGGCGAUGAAAGAGAUACGUUCGGCGCUGCAACGCGCCAAAGCGCAGCCGGACAAGCUAAAGUUCUGCGAUGAAGUGCUGCCUGCGGAUCCCGAUUCGCCGGUUUGGGUGCCGCGCAAGAGCGCAACCACAACGCGUGGCCUGGAUGAAGAUGAGGCGGACACGGAUCUCGAAACGGAUCGUUUGCUGGGACAGCAGGACUUUUUCAACGAGCAGUCGACAACCAGCGCAACGGCGGACAGCAAUGCCAAUGGCUUGGCCAACAACAUUGGCGGCAGCAAUGCGAAUGGCAGCGACACCAACAGCAAUCCCAAGCCGCAGAGCUACUCGACGGCCACCAUCAGGCAGGGAAUUGGCACUUCGCUGACACCCAACUCACCUGACAUUUGCCAGAUUGUGGGCAAUGCGGAUGUUUCGCUCAGUUCGCCGGAGAAGCUGCAAUACUCAAAGAGCCCGACGGGCUCUAUUAAAUCCCUUAAGGAUUCGGCCAACAGCGACAAGAAGGCCAAGUCGCGUAAUAAGGAGGGCUUAUUGGAACCCAAAGUAUUAAUCGAGGGCGUGUUGUUUCGAGCUCGCUAUCUGGGCUCCACGCAGCUGGUGUGCGAAGGUCAGCCCACAAAAUCAACGCGCAUGAUGCAGGCCGAGGAGGCGGUGUCGCGUAUCAAGGCGCCGGAGGGCGAGAGUCAGCCCAGCACUGAAGUGGAUCUGUUCAUAUCAACCGAGAAGAUAAUGGUGCUCAACACAGACCUCAAGGAGAUCAUGAUGGAUCACGCAUUGCGCACCAUCUCCUACAUCGCUGACAUCGGUGAUCUUGUGGUGCUGAUGGCGCGUCGUCGCUUUGUCCCCAACGGCGCCGGCGGUGGCGUUGUCCUCGAUACGCUUUCAUCGUCGUGUCCGGGCGCAGCGGAUGUCGCUGACUCGGGCGAAACGCUGAAGGACAACAACAAGGAGAGCGGAUCGGCCAACAAGCAUAAUCGGACGCCCAAGAUGAUAUGCCAUGUGUUUGAGAGUGACGAGGCGCAGUUUAUAGCGCAAUCGAUUGGCCAAGCGUUUCAGGUCGCCUACAUGGAGUUCCUCAAGGCCAAUGGCAUUGAGAACGAGAAUCUGGCCAAGGAAAUGGACUACCAAGAGGUGCUCAACAGUCAGGAGAUCUUUGGCGAUGAACUGGAGAUAUUUGCCAAAAAGGAACUGCAAAAAGAGGUCGUGGUGCCGAAGUCAAAGGGUGAAAUCCUCGGUGUUGUCAUCGUGGAGAGCGGCUGGGGUUCGAUGCUGCCAACGGUGGUCAUUGCCAAUCUGAUGUCGGGCGGUGCGGCCGCUCGUUGUGGCCAGUUGAACAUUGGUGAUCAGCUGAUUGCCAUCAAUGGCAUGAGUCUGGUCGGUUUGCCGCUAUCCACCUGCCAAAGCUACAUACGCAAUGCCAAAAAUCAAACUGCCGUCAAGUUCACCGUUGUGCCCUGCCCCCCCGUUGUCGAGGUUAAGAUACUGCGUCCCAAGGCGCUCUUUCAGCUCGGCUUUAGCGUGCAGAAUGGCGUGAUUUGCAGCCUGUUGCGUGGCGGCAUCGCUGAACGCGGCGGCGUUCGAGUCGGUCAUCGCAUCAUUGAGAUCAACAACCAGAGCGUUGUGGCUGUGCCGCAUGACACCAUUGUCAAGCUGCUCUCCUCAUCUGUGGGCGAGAUCUUAAUGAAAACGAUGCCCACGUCCAUGUUUCGCUUGCUCACUGGCCAGGAGACGCCAAUUUAUAUCUAAUCUGCCCCAAAGCACCGCUACUCAACCUCUCAACUGUCGCACGCCAGAAGAUAAUGAAGAAGGAGCUACGAAAAGAUUUUUUUGUUGAGAUCCCAGUUGACUUUCAUUCUGCUCAGCCAUAACUAUGAAGUGCAAUCCCCUGAAUGGAUGGAGGGAGAAUGGAUGCAAUUUUCGGAAAUUAUAUAAAUACAAUACAAUACUCACUCACUCACUCAUCUUGAAUUCAACUAAAGCACUCGCAGCAUAGAAUGUACUUACUACAACAACAAGCACGGCAAAUUGAUUUAGCGCUCUAAUUACGUUUCGUUUAGCUUUUUAUUUCCUUCUGUUAUUUUUGUUUUUGAUGUAUAUGAAAAAGACUGAAUUUUAGGUUUUGCGUGUGCGUGUGUGUGUGUGUAUGUGUAUGUGUAUGGGUGAAUGUAUAUGUGUGUGUGCAAGGAUAGCUGUAGAGAGCCGCAUUACCAACCGAAAACAAUAUAAAUCGGACAAAAGAUACGCCAACGGUCAAUGAAAUUAACGCCAUAAUUAUGUGUAUAAAUCAAAAUAUUAUAAAGUUACAGAUUGAAAAGAGACGCAGCAUAGAUAAUGUCUGAAGACAUGUUUAAAUUCCCGACUUUACAUUUUUUAUAAUGUUUCCCAAACAAUAACAAAAAUGAUGUUAAACUAAUGUGUAUUUAAAAUCAAACAUUAUAUAGAGCUAAAGCGAAUCGAAGCAGGCCAUAAGAAUACGUGUGUGCAUAAGAGUGCAAGAGAGAGAGAGUGAGAGCAAGAGUGCGAAAGAGAUAGAAGGGGGCAAAAUAAUGUUUAAGAAUUGAAUCGGAAUUUAUUUGCCAACACAAUACAGACGGAGACAGCAAUAAUUUAUGAUAUGAUAUGCUAAUUUUUUAUUUAUGUACAUUUAUAUUUGAAUUAUUAACUACAUUUAUAAUUUGCAAUUAUGCCAAAAAACGGAGAAAAACGGAAAUCAAAUAUGAUAAAAAAAAUAUUAUUCGUUGUAUGAUGAUGAGAUUUCGUUAAAUUAAUGAAUUUGUGUAUUAUUAUUAUUUCCUUUGUACUAUAUAUAUAGUUAAUAUUAAUGCAUAAAAUUACCUUAAAUGAAUGUCAAAUACUUAUAGCAUAGUUCUUAAAAUAUUGCCUGUUAUAAGCGACAAAAAAAAAAACAAAAACAAAAACCAGCUAACAGUAAACGGUAAACAAAACGAAAUGCAUUUAAGUAACGUCGUCAAAAACAAAAAACAAAACAAAAAAGAAAUCAAUGUGUAUACUUAACAAUAAAUGUGAAAACUGCAAUUUGCGCUGUUCUCUUGAUUACGAAAAAUAAAAAAACAAUGCCAUUUAAAUAAAUUAUAACAAUAAACAACAAUAAGCAACAUUUAAUACAGCAACAGCAAAAACAACCACAGCAACAAAAGUAAUAAUGAAGAACAAUAACUGAUUAUGCUCAAUAAUUUUUUUUGUUAAGCAACAACAAAAAACGAAAAAAAAAAAAACAAAACAAAAAUAUAAAGUACAUACAUAUAUGAUGUAACUUAAGUAUAUUAAAGAGAGCUUAUUUUUGCUAUAAUUGAGACGAGCCACAAAUGCAAAAGAUGAACGAUUAAAGUGACGCGCCAGUAUAUAAGUUACAAAUAAAAUAAAAACAAAUAAAUAUUGCAAAAUAUUACUUAUUUACGAGCGCUAAAUGUGCAGGUAACCAAAACAAACAAAAAGUUCAUAUUGUAUAAUGUAAUUACGAAAAGGAAAAACAAAAACUUUGCGCGUUCGCAAAGGCAUUAUUUUUGCAACAAAACACACACACAGCCGGAGCCGAGCAAGCAAAUUGAUAAAUAUAAAUUUAUAUAGAUACAAUUACAAAGAAAA